AAAAACAACAUGUCUGCGCCCACAGAACACGUUGAGGCGGAAAGUUCAGACCCACUGCCUCCUGAAACAUCCGAAAACCAGAACCCGGACGGGGACGGGGACUCGGACCAGGACCCGGACGGGGAUGAGCCUCCCGGGCCCCGGGUCCGGGACACCCCGGAGGACAUCCGCCUGGAGGCCGUCGCCAACACGGUGGCGCUGCACCCGAGCCGGGACGUGCUGGUCGUCGGGGACCUGGACGGGGACGUGUACGCAUUCUCCUACUCGUGCACGGAGGGCGAGACCCGCGAGCUGUGGUCGUCCGGACACCACCUCAAGUCCUGCCGCCAGGUCCGGUUCUCCGAGGACGGGCUGCAGCUCUACAGCGUGUCCCGGGACAAGGCCGUCCACCUGCUGGACACCGAGCGGGGACAGCUGGUGUCCCGGAUCCGGGGGGCGCACGCCGCCCCCAUCAACAGCCUGCUGCUGGUGGACCCCAACAUCCUGGCGACCGGGGACGACGAAGGAACCCUGAAGGUGUGGGACAUGAGGAAGGGGACGGCCGUCAUGGACAUGAAGCAGCAUGAGGACUACAUCAGCGACAUGACGGUGGACCAGAACAAGAGGAUCCUGCUGACCACCAGCGGAGACGGCACCCUGGGCGUGUUCCACCUGAAGCGGCGGCGGGCGGAGCUGCGGUCGGAGCCGCAGAGCGGCGACCUGACGGCGGUGGCGCUGAUGAAGCGCGGCAGGAAGGUGGUGUGCGGCUCCAGCGGCUCCGGCGGCGGAACCGUCUACCUCUUCAACUGGGACGGCUUCGGCGCCGCCAGCGACCGCUUCGCCCUGCGGGCGGAGUCGGUGGACUGCAUGGCGCCCGUCACCGACAGCGUCGUGUGCGUCGCCUCCACCGACGGCUACAUCCGCGCCGUCAACAUCCUGCCCAACCGGGUGCUGGGCUGCGUGGGGCAGCACGUGGGCGAGCCGGUGGAGGCGCUGGCCGUCUGCCGGGACGCCCGCCUCCUGGUUAGCUCCGCCCACGACCAGCUGGUCCGGUUCUGGGACGUCUCCGCCCUCCACGGAACCUCCGUCAGCGAGCACCGCAAGAGGAAGAGGAGGGACGGCCGCAUGAAGGCGCUCAGCAAGAAGGCCCACGGAGAACACGACUUCUUCGCCGGGCUGGCGGAGGAGGGGGAGGGGCCGGGGGAGGAGGGGGCGGGGCCACAGGAGGAGCAGAGCGACAGUGACAGCGACAGCGACAGCGACUAGAACCCAGAACCGAUGAUGUGUCAGCUCCUCCUGCAGGGACUCUGGUGGACUCAGGACUGAAGGAACAUGUGACGUUCUCCCAGGAGAACCGGAGGGGAGAGAACCGGGGGGGGGCGGAGGCAGGAGAACCGGAGGCAGGAGAACUGGAGGGGGGGUCAGCUGACUUCCCAGUUCAGCAUUAGAACGGAGGAACCGACAGACGUUCUGCGCAGUGUUCUCCAUCUGAGGCGAGUUCUCAGGCUUCAGCGCCAACACGGAACCAGAGAAACAUUUAACUUUGAAAGCUUUCUGUACAUUUGAUGAUAAAAAUAAAGAA